CGGUGCUGCUGGUAUUGGCGUAGUCAAAUGUUAUGUGAAUGAAUUGAAUGUGGUUUGUAAUACACCGGGACCUUGUGCGUCUCUGGGACGAUUCUUUAGCGCCUUGAUAAUUUAUGUCGUCCGUGUUGCGCAAUUUGAAGUGAACUCAUAUAGAACUUAAAAUUACUGCGUGUAAUCUGAUCUGUAUUUUAAUGACAAGAAUGGAAUGAUAUGCAAACGAACACCAGUGACUGCAUUUCUACAGCAAUGAAAUAAGUCGUCUUCUAAAUCAAUAAUUUAUGUGACGUAGUUUAUUUAUCCUACAUCAGGUGAUCGAUACAUGUGACACGUGUGGUUGCAGGAUUACUGGUUUCGUGGAUCAAAACAAUAUCAACAAAUCUGAUCAUCCAUGGCUUCAAACAGCUUAGGAAAUCAAAGGAUUACCUGCACGCUAUAGGUAAGAAAGUAGAACACUGACAUACCUGGUGGAUUGGCGUUUGAGUUUGUGGCAGAGUUGUCUCGUGACCUUCGGGGGGGGGGGGCGCCUUUACACAUUUCUGUUUUGUGUCCCCUUGCAUUUAAAGUUGAAUUUUUUUUUUUACCCCGUCACAAAUUUGGGGCCCCUUUAGUUUUUGAGGCCCCCCCCCUUCAACCCCGCGACUGUGACGCGACGGUUCUGCGCUAUGGAAGGAAUCUUUGGUUAUUUAAGGAAAUGCAUACAAGUGUAGGCCACAUAUUGGCCCCAGGCAAACAUUUUCUAGCGCCCUUUAUAAAUAUUUAUUAUUAUUUAUAUAUAUUUUUUUUAAAACAUCGUCUGUUCCUUAUUGUUUCUUUCUGUUUCUUUCAGUGUCGUUAUCCCACUUAGCAUUUAUUUUUAUUGGCUGAAGCCGAGCAGGUGUGCAGCCGCAUGGUUCCUCUACUGUCUCAGCCCCAAUACAUUUCAUGCAAGUUAAUGGGCAAUAAAAUAAUUCACCUAAUGAUUUUUCCCUGGGAAAGGUUUACCUAUUAGUUGUGGGCUGUUUAAAGGACUCGAGUCAUAUCGUGCAAUACCACUGACAAGAUCGCACAGUUUUUUUUUGUUUUUUUUGUUUUUUUUUGUUUUUUUUGUUUAUAUAUAUAUAAACGUGACGUGCAAACUUACGUAUAUGUUAUAGAUAUCAUCGACUGACCACACCGCACUGUCCUCAUAGACAACAGCAACUGGAGGGGAAUGGUACAGACCAAGUGACACGGCAGGCUGUCCUGGUGUGCGACCUCACUUAUUCUUAAAGGCGUUUAAAUAAAACAAUUUGAAAUAAAGCGAACGUUUCGCAAAACCGCUAAAUGUCAAGCUUUUCAACGCACAAGUCCCACUGAUAUCCGUCGGCCUGGUUGGUUCUUAGAUUCCAUUCAUAUAUUUAAAGGCCGUGUCUUUUAGACAGUGAUGCGACAUCUAAUUUACACGGCCCGGCGCGCAUUCUGUUAACCACCCGCUAACCGAACUGUGCACUCGAUGUCGCAUCAGAAGAAAAAAAACGUUGAACCAAUCCAUAACCUCAAUUAGCCCCGCCCGAUCCGUGUCCCGACUCAGGGAUUGUCAGCAGACGUUUUUUGGCCGGCUCUGCUCCGGUUCUGCUCCGGCUAAAUGUUUAUCCGCUCCGAACUCCGGUGAAGGGGUGGUUAAGGUGGUGCUAAGUGUUUAAAGCAGGGCGGCACAAGUCAAAAUGUGAUGCGGGCCGUAAUACUUCAGGAAAAACUUGUGCGGACCAAAAGAAAAUAGGACAUGACUUGUGCGGGCCCAAAGAAAAUAGGACAUGAUUUGUGCGGGCCAAAAGAAAAUAGGACAUGACUUGUGCGGGCCAAAAGAAAAUAGGACAUGACUUAUGCGGGCCAAAACAAGAUAGGACAUGACUUGUGCGGGCAAAAGAAAAUAGGACAAGACUUGUGCGGGCCAAAAGAAAAUAGGACAAGACUUGUGCGGGCCAAAAGAAAAUAGGACAAGACUUGUGAACACAUACAUAUUCAUCUCUAGAGCCAGAUCCUUGUAUGACAAACAAGUUGUCGUAAUUAGCCGUAGUUGAAAGAAUUGUGCGUGUCGCUUGACAUUUAUAGAAAGUUUAUAUUAUUUACAAAAUCAUGUAGAUGGAUAAUCCAACGCACAAACAUCUUUAGCUCGGUCAUCUGUUGCAUCUGGUUGAAUGACGUCUUGAGGGGCUUAGUUCUGUCGUGGGUUCGGCGAGAGAGCCGGAAGUGAUUUCAAAAACUUUUAUUGACAAAAUGUCAAAACUUCGUCAAAGACUUUUCGUUACACGCCCAUCACUAACUACAUGCAAAUGCAGGAAUUUAAACAUGGCGUAUUCUAUUAAUAGAAAUGGGCGCAACAAUGUAAGCAAAAAAAUAUUAUGAACAGAAGAAGAGAGUUUUUAAAAAGUCAUUUAACAAAUAUUUAUAGGGGCCAAUUUCGCAUUGUAAUUUAAAAUGUUGACGUGCCUUAAUUUUUGUUAAAAAUUUCCACUGAUGAUUGAAGCGUACUGUGUUGAAUGCAAACUGUCGUAUGAUUGAAGUAUACUGUGUGGACUGCAACCUGCUGUAGGACUGCUGUAUGAUUGAAGUGUAUUGUGUGGACUGCAAACUGUUGAUGUAUGAUUGAAGUGUACUGUGUGGUCUGCAAACUGUUGAUGUAUGAUUGAAGUAUAAUGUGUGUACUGCAACCUGUCGUAUGAUUGAGGUGUAGUGUUUUGACUGCAACCUGUCAUAUGGUUGAAGUAUGAUGUUUUGACUGCAACCUGUUGUAUGAUUAAAGUGCACUGUAUUGAAUGCAACCUGUUGCUGUAUGAUUAAAGUUUACUGUGUGGACUGUAACCUGCUGUAGGACUGCUGUAUGAUUGAAGUGUAUUGUGUGGACUGCAAACCGUUGAUGUAUGAUUGGUGUACUGUGUGGACUGCAAACUGUUGAUGUAUGAUUGAAGUAUAAUGUGUGUACUGCAACCUGUCGUAUGAUUGAGGUGUAGUGUUUUGACUGCAACCUGUCAUAUGGUUGAAGUAUGAUGUUUUGACUGCAACCUGUUGUAUGAUUAAAGUGCACUGUAUUGAAUGCAACCUGUUGCUGUAUGAUUAAAGUUUACUGUGUGGACUGUAACCUGCUGUAGGACUGCUGUAUGAUUGAAGUGUAUUGUGUGGACUGCAAACCGUUGAUGUAUGAUUGGUGUACUGUGUGGACUGCAAACUGUUGAUGUAUGAUUGAAGUAUAAUGUGUGUAAUGCAAACUGUCGUAUGACUGAAGUGUACUGUUUUGACUGCAACCUGUUGUAUGAUUAAAGUGCACUGAAUUGAUUGCAACCUGUUGCUGUAUGGUUAAAGUUUUCUGUGUGGACUACAACCUAUUGUAUGAUUGAAGUAAACUUCAACCUUUUGUAUGAUUGAAGUGGACUUCAACCUGUUGUAUGAUUGAAGGGUAUAGUUGUGAUGGCUGCCCCGUCAUAUAAAGAAAAACGUGCCACCCGGGGCUGACCACCCUCUCCGAACCCCCUCCUACGCCACUGUGUCGCGUAUUAAUCAAUUUCCAAACACCCACUCCUAUACACACUGUAUAACUCAGUGUAAAAAUGAAAAUAAUAGGCUAAAUGUUACAAAAUAAUAUGCUAAGUGUUACGAAAUAAUGGCUAAGUGUUACAAAAUAAUAGGCUAAGUGUUACAAAAUAUUGGCUAAAUGUUACAAAAUAAUAGGCUAAGUGUUAAAAAAUAACAGGCUAAAUGCUACAAAAUAAUAGGCUAAAUUUACAAAAUAAUAGGCUAAGUGUUACAAAAUAAUAGGCUAUGUGUUACAAAAUAAUAGGGAAAGUGUUACAAAAUAAUAGGCUAAGUGUGUCAAAAUUAUAGGCUAAGUGUUACAAAAUAAUAGGCUAAGUGUUACAAAAUAAUAGGCUAAGUGUUAAAAAAUAACAGGCUAAAUGUUACAAAAUAAUGGGCUAUAUGUUACAAAAUAAUAGGCUAAAUGUUACAAAAUAAUAGGCUAUGUGUUACAAAAUAAUAGGGAAAGUGUUAGAAAAUAAUAGACUAAGUGUGUCAAAAUUAUAGGCUAAGUGUUACAAAAUAAUAGGCUAAGUGUUAAAAAAUAAUAGGCUAAGUGUUACAAAAUAAUAGGCUAAGUGUUAAAAAAUAACAGGCUAAAUGUUACAAAAUAAUAGGCUAUAUGUUACAAAAUAAUAGGCUAAAUGUUACAAAUAAUUGGCUAAAUGUUGCAAAAUAAUAGGCUAAAGGUUGCAAAAUAAUAGGCUAAAUGUUACAAAAUAAUUGGCUAUAUUUUAGAACUCAUAGUUGACCUCUGAUUGUUAAAUUAUUAAUUUUUUUUUUGGAUACGGUCUACUGAAAUGACCUCGACCUACUGACAUGACCUCGGCCUCCAGAAAUGACUUCGGUCUACUGAAAUGACCUCAACCUACUGAAAUAACACCGGCUCCCUGAAAUGACCCCGACCUACUGUAAUGACCCCAACCUGAUGAAAUGACCUUGACCUACUGAAAUGACCUUGACCUGCUGAAGUGACCUCCACCUAAUGAAUUGAUUUUGGUCUUAGAUUUACUUUUUUUUUUUUUUCAUUCAAUAAAGUUUUCAUGGAAUACUCAGGAUAUCAAAGUGAAAAUAUUUUUAAUGUUCUUUCUUGUCAUUAAUCACAACAUAUGUAAUAUGUAUACACCGCUAUUGGCUUUUACUUUAAUAAUAUAGAUUGCAGGUUUCAAUUGGAGACUUUUUAUCGGGAAAACCGAUUUUAAUCUUCUUGUUUUUUUACGAUCUUACCUCUCAUUGCAGUAUUUUAGGUUGGGAGGGCCGGGAGAGGGGGGGGGGUGGAGUAUUGGGGCAUAGGAUGUAUCUAGUUAAUAAACUCCACGCACCGUGCUCUAGUAGGACAAGGGUUCAACUGUCGUUAUUUGGAGGGGUCGUAUACCUAUAAUAUAAUAAUAAUAAUAAUAAUAAAGUGUAUUUCAAAAACACGCUUCAUCCCCAAAGGCUCGAAGCGCGGUACAAGAGUAAAAAAAAAAAAAAAAAUCUAUAAUUUACCACAUUUAAAAAAAAAAAAACACAACAAAAAUAUCCCCAAAGGCUCGAAGCACGGUACAAGAGUAAAAAAUCUAUAAUUUACCACAUUUAAAACAAACGCAACACUACAAAAACUAAUUACAAGCAUACAAUGUCAAAGUCUUUCAACCCAUUUCAACCAUGAGCAACACAGCCAAUAUGCAUUAAAUGGAAAAUAUGGUAGACAAUCAUCCCAGAAGGUGUUUGCGAAAUAAAUGAAUAUAUAUAAGAACAGGAAAUGAUUAAAAAGAUAUUUAGAGAGAUACAGAGAGAGAGAGAGAAAGAGAUGAGGUGAAGAGAGAUGAGGUGGAGAGAGAGAGAGAUACAUCUCUAUCCCCCGACAUGAUCGCUAAAUGAUGACUAACUCGUUAAAACGACAUUCACACAACUAAAGCUUGAACUGAAUAAUUAAUGAGGAAUUCCGUAAGUCAUAUAGUCGUCGAUGACUUGACUUAUUAUACAGCUAAGUCGUGCGUAAGUGAAUGACACCCCCCCCACUCUCCCCCCCCCCGCCCCCACCUCGCAAAAAAUCCUGCGGGCGCUCAUGAAGACAGAGCGUGGGGAUGAAAGAAUGUAGAGCAGGUCGCUUAGGGAGAGAGGGGGUAGAGGAGUACGAUAGAAAUGACAAUAUCGAAUCCGGCCACCAACUGAUACAGUAAUCUAUAAUUCAAUAAAUAGCUCAGAAAAAAACAACACAUUUAACAUUUCAGGCAAUAAUUUUUUAAUACCCUAUGAGUGAAGCCGUUACCUCCCCUAGAUUUGAUUUACUUCCCCUGACUAACAGCUGGCGCCUUCGUUGAAAAGAUUACUUUGGUUAAUACGCUGUCAGCUCCAUCUCUGUCUGUCUGUCUGUCUGUCUGUCUGUCUCUCUCUCUCUCUCUCUGUGUCGCCCUCUCUCUCUCUCACUCUCUCGCUCUCCCCCCCCCCACUCUGUCUGUCUGUCUCUUUCUCCUUGUAUCACUGUCGCAUUCUUCAAAUUAAUAUAAUAUUGAUAUCAAGGUUAAAGUUAGAACUUCUCUUCUGACCAUUGUUUUGGAAAUUGUGAUCGCAUAUGUGAUGCUAACAAUAUGUAUAUUAAAAUACGUACUUGUUAUAAAAUAUAAGACUACAUUCAGAAUAAUCUCAUUACAGAUGUUUAAUACAUACUCAUUGUUGGAUAAUCUGAUCAUGCGCGACAUUAGAAACACAUUUUAUGAGCCAUUGGUGAGUCGUGUGAUAUCUAUAAUUAAGUGAUCUAUUCAAGUCCUUCCCUACACAUUAUUCCAAAGUAUUCGAUCUACACCUGAAGUUCGUGCACCCCGUGUGUAUUGGUGUCACAUUUGUUAGGGGUGUCAAACUCAAUCGCUCGGCGGGCCAAAACUCAAAUCCCAUGUAAGUAAGCGGGAAAUUAACAUUUUUAAAAAACAUUUAUAUUUUUAAAAAAAAAACAGAAGAAAAAAAAUUAAUAGUUUAAAAUCAUUGACAAACCCAUUUUCGUUUUUAUGCUAAUUUGUCAGAGCUGGAUGUUUGGUAUCUUUUCUUGGCUAAAAUGAAAAGGUAGUUCAUUUAUGUUGGGAGUAACGUUCUGUGUCAUUGAGAUUCUCAUGAUGGAUUGCAAGGGUUCAUCUGUGAGACGACUCCAGUGUGAUGUUUUGUUAAUCUUCAUCAUAGAAAUCAGCUGCUCACAUAGAAAUGUGCUACCCAACAUGCUCAAGGUUCGAGCCGCAUGUAGACGAAGCUGGGGCAUUUCUUCAGGAAUGAAACGAGUGAACUGUGCAGGUCCAACUGUGUCGUACUUUGCUUUUAGUUUCCCAUUAUACUGCAGCUCUAUUAGCUCCAUCUGCAAAUUUAUAGGUGCAGUUUCCACGUCUAUGACAAAUGGGUUACGAAACAGCUCGAAAUUACAUUUCUCUGCGUCAAAGUCACUAAAGCGCCGUGCGAACUCGGCGCAAAGUAUGCUAAGUUUGUCAAAAAAACAGUGCAUUGGGAAACACCAUAGUGUUGACUUGGAUAUAAAUGUACGCCGGUCAAGACCUCUCAGGCCUGAUAUAAUUGUACGGUGGGCCGGAUGUGGCCCGCGGGCCUUGAGUUUGACACAUAUAUUUUAGGGUAUAGUUCCCAUGGGUGUCACCAGGGCCGGCCCUAACAACUGAGGGGCCCUAUGCGAAACGGAUUGCGCGGGGCCCAGUCUGGGUAGGGAUAAGGAUAAUAAGUGAACGUUUAGAUUUUGUAUUAGAAAAAAAAAGUGCGGGGCCCACUGCGGUCACAUAGGUUCCAGUGGCGUACGGCCGGCCCUGGGUGUCUCAUAUGUUACGGUAUAGUUCCCGGGCUUGAAAUGUCGACUCAUUAACCACCUAAUCUAUAGUACAUCCUGGGCCACACAAACGGGGCAGGGGGGAGAAGGUGGGCUAACCGAGACGGGCACCAUUUCCCGAGAGCUAACAAAAAUCGUCAAAGUUCAUCGUGAAAAGUAUGUAUGUAUUUAUUGAUACAUUAACUUGUUUUCAAAGAGGGCGCCAAAAUUCAGUGUUACCCCAGGGCGUAGCCACGGCCCUGGACUCCUCUGUUUUUCUUUUCUUGUUCUAAAACCUAAAAAAAAAAAAUGUCCCAAAACAACAUUAAUUUAAUUUAUUCUGAACGUAACUCAUUGGAUAUCCAAAAUGUAAGCCAUUGCUAAAACGCUUUGGUGGUGGGAUGGGGGGGGCUGUGGGAUCUUAGCAACACAUGUGGCCACCGAUCCUCUGAAAUGGCGAUAUUUAAUAUGUGAAAAGAAUGCCUAUUCCUAUUGGAGCGUUUUAAUCGGAGUAGGCACACAUGCUGUAGUGAUUACAUGACUACAAUAGCAGCAUAUAUAUUGUUAGUGUUUCCAUGACUACAAUAGUGGGCAUAUACAGUGUAGGGAUUGUAUGACUACAAUUCAUGUAAGUACAAGGUAGAGAAAUGUUCUUAUAAAUAGUGCAGUAUGGGGCUCAUACAAAUUACGAUGGCAAGCUCCAUUGUGGAGCUUGAUGAAGGGGGGAACUAGUACAAUAAAAUUCUCAAUGAGCUAUAAUUUCGUGCCUCAUGGCCAACUGUAGCAAUUGUCUAAAUCAGGGGUCUCCAAACUUUUAAGACCGAGGGCCGCAUUAUCUAUCCAAAAGCAGUUCUGGGGCCGACGACACACUCGAGGUCCAAAUUAAAGAAUCAAAACAUAGAUAUUGCUUUUAAUUAUUUAUGUAAUAUUAUUUCUUUCAGUUAUUAUUUAAUGACACAUUGAUACACGACACGUGAACACCUGUAUUACUUGGAAUGGUGAAAUUAUUUCCCGGAUGCCAAAAAAGCGGUGAUUAGCAGAAAUUUCUGGAUUUAGAUUUGAUGUCCUUAACAAGUUACCUCAGAUAAUCAUCGGACAAAGUUGUUCUCAAAUUAUUCUCCACGUAUUUCGUUCUUGAAAAUGUUUGUUCACAGAGGUAUGCUGUUUCAAAGAUUGAAAGACACCUUGAUGCAAACGUUUUGAAAUUAGGAAAGUCUUCCCUGGGUGAAAACUGGUAAAAACCCACCAGUCCUUCUUCGAACUUGUCCCCAAGGAGGUCAUUUGCUUGGAACUCAGUGACCUCCAGGUGCAGUUCAUCUGAGCGACUGGCCACGUCUGUUUUAAAUGGGUUUUGAAAAAGUCUCACAUCUUCUGCCUUUAAAUCCAAGUCAGAAAACCGCUGCUGAAACUGCAGCUGGGGGUCUUUGAUGAUCUCGCAUGCCGUAGGGAACUCCGCUGUUGCUUCAGCCAUGAAGACCGUCCACUGCUAAAAGUGUGUCAAGUUGUUGGCCGGUACUUGUUCCAAAAAAAAAAAAAAAAAAAAAAACCAAGAUGAAUUUGGAUCUGAAGGCCUUUAGGUGUGUGUAUAGAUCAGAAACUAGAUUUUCCUCUCCUUGUAGUUUUAGGUUCCAGAAAAUUUAAAUGUUCUUCAUUAUGUCUGCAUCAAAGGCCAUUUUCCAUAUCCACUAUUCAUCAGACACUAACGGCUGUGGCUUGCCUUUACUUUCCAGAAAGUCACAUAUUUCCUUUCUUAACUUAAAUACCUUGAUCAGAACUAUCUGACAACUUAGUCAUCUUAUUGCUGUGUAAUAUGGUAAAUCAUGCGAUUCUGUGUCUGCAUCUUUCAACAUGUCUCUGAGCUGUCUAUGGUUGAGCCAAUGUGACCUUAUUAAAUUAACCCUCGUCACCUCAGGAUUCAGUACGCUGCUAAUGUCCACAUAUUUAUCAUACAAAUCUUUCUGGUGAAUAAUACAAUCAUACAGUGCAGGAACAUUGGUUGUAAAAUAUUUUUCUCAUUACACAUCUGCUUCACUUGUUCCACCAAGCCUUCAUUUAUGCCACUCAUGUUCUUUCCUUCAUCAACGGUCAGGUAACUGAGGUUAGAACAGUACAAAUUAUAAUCAGCAUAUGUUUUUUUUUCAACUCAUUGAAUUUAUCUUCUCCGGUAACAGUUCCGUCCAUGCUAUGUCGGGAAGCCAGCUCGUGUGUUAUGUUCAUGUCUUCAUCCACACCUCUAACGAACACAAGCAGUUGAUAGGUGCAACAGCUGUCCAGCGAUUCAUCCAUUGCAAUCAAAAAAUUGGCGAAACUUGCUUGCAUUUUUCACUAUUUGAGUCACAAUGUUUUCACCCAUGUCUGCAACACGGCGGGCAAAGCUCCGCAACUAGAUGACGUUAUAUAUUCUCAUUUCAUUGACUGUAAACGAAGUAGAAAAACUAAACAGCGAAUAAGUAAUGAUCGGCUAGACAACAUAACGCACUACUUCGCGCUCUAUUUUAUUUCGUUAAAAACAUAACGUCCACGUGAGCGACGUCUGAUCUUCUCAGGAUACACGUACAUUUUCGUAAUUUUUUUCCGUAGACAAAAAGGUCUCCGCGGGCCGCAUGACGGGGCCUUAAGGGCCGCAUGAGCCCACGGGCCGUAGUUUGGAGACCCUUGGUCUAAAGUAUUGCCAAUCACAGCCAAUAAGCAUAUAUGAAUAAGAACUUUAAUAUAUAUAUAUAUAUAUAUGUAAUAUAUAUAUAAUUAACAUUCAUUUAAAAGACACUUCUAAUACUAAUAAAGAGGUUAUUAGGAUAGGGAUAUUGUCAUGUUACCUAAAACCACGUCUCUAAAUAGAUAUUAACUUACAUUAUAUGUACCACUUUCUUCACUCUCAGCGACGACACUCCACCCCCUCCCCCCCCCCGCAUUUUUAUCAUUGAUUACAUCAAAACGGAGUGUACAUUGAACAAUUACAACUAUCACAGAGGAGGAUGUGUUGUGCGCUGUGUUCAGUAACAUCUAACAGAUACACAAGUAGCUGCGUGUCACAUUGUGCCUUGACUCUCCCUCAUUUGAAAAUGCCUCUAUCGUUUCAGGCGGGAUGAAAAAACUUCUGAGAUUCAAGAAGUACCUGGUCGUUGUUCUCUGCGUGCUUCCUUGUGUCACCAUCUACUACUACUCUCAGGGUAAGUCUAGUAGAUUGUUCACUGAAUGUAGAUGGUUGUUGUUCUCUGCGUUCUUUCGCGUGUCACCAUCUACAGGGGUGAGGCAAAGUUUGGGGGAGGCAGUGGGGAUAGAACUUCCAGGCGCAAGACUAGUUGGGGUGCAAAAAUAUGGGCUUUGAUGAUAUCUAUGAAUGGAAAUAAUGGGUUUCAGCGUUGAAAGGGGCGUAAAACGACUAUUGCUCAAGGGCUUCAACAAAAUCUGGCUACGCUUCUGACCGUCUACUGUUACGCUAAUUGUAAGUCAAAAAGAACAUUAACACGAUCAAGUAAUAAAAUAAAUCUAACAAUUUUCACAAAUUUGAAUUAAAUUAAUUUUUAUCAUUUUGCUAUCAACAUUCUCUCAAAUCUAUCAACAUUCUCUUUAAACCAUCCACAUUCUCUUUAAACCAUCAACAUUCUCUUAAAGCUAUCAACAUUCUCGUAAAUCUUUCAACAUUUUCUUAAAAAUAUCCACAUUCUUUUAAAACUAUCAACAUUCCCUUAAAACAAUCAAAAUUCUCUUAAAUCUAUCAAUAUUCUCUUAUCACUAUCAAGAUAUUCUUAGAAUUAUCCAAAUUCUCUUAAAUCAAUAUUCUCUUAAAGCUAUCAAAAUUAUCUUAAAACUAUAUAAUAUUUUCUUAAAACUAUAAAUAUUCUCUUAAAUCAACAUUCCCUUAAAAUACCCAAAUUGCAUUAGAGUUAUCAACAUUUUCUUGAAAUUAUCAACAUUUUCUUGAAACUAUCAACAUUCCCUUAAAACUAUCAACAUUCUCUUUAAACUAUCAACAUUCUCUUAAAACUAUCAACAUUCCCUUAAAACUAUCGACAUUCCCUUAAAACUAUCAACAUUCCCUUAAAACUAUCAACAUUCCCUUAAAACUAUCAACAUUCCCUUAAAACUAUCAAAAUUCCCUUAAAACUAUCAACAUUCCCUUAAAACUAUCAAAAUUCCAUUAAAACUAUCAAAAUUCCCUUAAAACUAUCAACAUUCCCUUAAAACUAUCAACAUUCCCUUAAAAACUAUCAACAUUCCUUUAAAAAUAUCAACAUUCCCUUAAAGCUAUCAACAUUCUCUUAAAACUAUCAACAUUCCCUUAAAACUAUCAACAUUCCCUUAAAGUUAUGAACAGGGUUUCUUUCAGCUAUAUCUCCGGGAUGGGGUGGGGGUGAGGAAACCCAAGUGCCCCCCCCCGAGCAAAAAUAUGUCCAACAAUAAAUCAACUGGCACUGCUGGCACUGCCCCCCCCCCUUUCUCACCCGAAAAAUCUGAAGUGCCCCCUGGGAGAAAAUUUCUGAAAUAAUAACUGGCUAUCAACAUUCUCUUAAAACUAUUAACAUUCUCUUAAAACUAUCAACAUUCUCUUAAAAACUAUCAACAUUCUCUUAAAACUAUCAACAUUCUCUUAAAACUAUCAACAUUCUCUUAAAACUAUCAACAUUCUCUUAAAACUAUCAACAUUCUCUUAAAACUAUCAACAUUCUCUUAAAACUAUUAACAUUCUCUUAAAACUAUCAACAUUCUCUUAAAACUAUCAACAUUCUCUUAAAACUAUCAACAUUCUCUUAAAACUAUCAACAUUCUCUUAAAACUAUCAACAUUCUCUUAAAACUAUCAACAUUCUCUUAAAACUAUCAACAUUCUCUUAAAACUAUCAACAUUCUCUUAAAACUAUCAACAUUCUCUUAAAACUAUCAACAUUCUCUUAAAACUAUCAACAUUCUCUUAAAACUAUCAACAUUCUCUUAAAACUAUCAACAUUCUCUUAAAACUAUCAACAUUCUCUUAAAACUAUCAACAUUCUCUUAAAACUAUCAACAUUCUCUUAAAACUAUCAACAUUCUCUUAAAACUAUCAACAUUCUCUUAAAACUAUCAACAUUCUCUUAAAACUAUCAACAUUCUCUUAAAACUAUCAACAUUCUCUUAAAACUAUCAACAUUCUCUUAAAACUAUCAACAUUCUCUUAAAACUAUCAACAUUCUCUUAAAACUAUCAACAUUCUCUUAAAACUAUCAACAUUCUCUUAAAACUAUCAACAUUCUCUUAAAACUAUCAACAUUCUCUUAAAACUAUCAACAUUCUCUUAAAACUAUCAACAUUCUCUUAAAACUAUCAACAUUCUCUUAAAACUAUCAACAUUCUCUUAAAACUAUCAACAUUCUCUUAAAACUAUCAACAUUCUCUUAAAACUAUCAACAUUCUCUUAAAACUAUCAACAUUCUCUUAAAACUAUCAACAUUCUCUUAAAACUAUCAACAUUCUCUUAAAACUAUCAACAUUCUCUUAAAACUAUCAACAUUCUCUUAAAACUAUCAACAUUCUCUUAAAACUAUCAACAUUCUCUUAAAACUAUCAACAUUCUCUUAAAACUAUUAACAUUCUCUUAAAACUAUCAACAUUCUCUUAAAACUAUUAACAUUCUCUUAAAACUACCAACAUUCCCUUAAAAACUAUCAACAUUCCUUUAAAAAUAUCAACAUUCCCUUAAAGCUAUCAACAUUCUCUUAAAACUAUCAACAUUCCCUUAAAACUAUCAACAUUCCCUUAAAGUUAUGAACAGGGUUUCUUUCAGCUAUAUCUCCGGGAUGGGGUGGGGGUGAGGAAACCCAAGUGCCCCCCCCCGAGCAAAAAUAUGUCCAACAAUAAAUCAACUGGCACUGCUGGCACUGCCCCCCCCCCUUUCUCACCCGAAAAAUCUGAAGUGCCCCCUGGGAGAAAAUUUCUGAAAUAAUAACUGGCUAUCAACAUUCUCUUAAAACUAUUAACAUUCUCUUAAAACUAUCAACAUUCUCUUAAAAACUAUCAACAUUCUCUUAAAACUAUCAACAUUCUCUUAAAACUAUCAACAUUCUCUUAAAACUAUCAACAUUCUCUUAAAACUAUCAACAUUCUCUUAAAACUAUCAACAUUCUCUUAAAACUAUUAACAUUCUCUUAAAACUAUCAACAUUCUCUUAAAACUAUCAACAUUCUCUUAAAACUAUCAACAUUCUCUUAAAACUAUCAACAUUCUCUUAAAACUAUCAACAUUCUCUUAAAACUAUCAACAUUCUCUUAAAACUAUCAACAUUCUCUUAAAACUAUCAACAUUCUCUUAAAACUAUCAACAUUCUCUUAAAACUAUCAACAUUCUCUUAAAACUAUCAACAUUCUCUUAAAACUAUCAACAUUCUCUUAAAACUAUCAACAUUCUCUUAAAACUAUCAACAUUCUCUUAAAACUAUCAACAUUCUCUUAAAACUAUCAACAUUCUCUUAAAACUAUCAACAUUCUCUUAAAACUAUCAACAUUCUCUUAAAACUAUCAACAUUCUCUUAAAACUAUCAACAUUCUCUUAAAACUAUCAACAUUCUCUUAAAACUAUCAACAUUCUCUUAAAACUAUCAACAUUCUCUUAAAACUAUCAACAUUCUCUUAAAACUAUCAACAUUCUCUUAAAACUAUCAACAUUCUCUUAAAACUAUCAACAUUCUCUUAAAACUAUCAACAUUCUCUUAAAACUAUCAACAUUCUCUUAAAACUAUCAACAUUCUCUUAAAACUAUCAACAUUCUCUUAAAACUAUCAACAUUCUCUUAAAACUAUCAACAUUCUCUUAAAACUAUCAACAUUCUCUUAAAACUAUCAACAUUCUCUUAAAACUAUCAACAUUCUCUUAAAACUAUCAACAUUCUCUUAAAACUAUCAACAUUCUCUUAAAACUAUCAACAUUCUCUUAAAACUAUCAACAUUCUCUUAAAACUAUUAACAUUCUCUUAAAACUAUCAACAUUCUCUUAAAACUAUUAACAUUCUCUUAAAACUACCAACAUUCCCAAAAAAAAACAAAAUAAAAUUAUCGAGCAGUUUUUUUCCCCAGAUGACGUAAUCGUCAAACAACUGGAGAAAGAAAACAGUUUAAACAACUGGGAAAGUAGCUCAAGUAUCGAAACUGCCAAACAUGAGUUCACCAGAACAGUUUUCGGAGACGAUACCCGCGAUAACUCGAGAAUCGAUUUCAUUAUGGACCACGAUAACACCGAGUAUCGUUCGACGGAGAAUCCUCGCAAUGUACCAAGAGAUACGCAGUCUGGAGCUGACAGUAAAGAACCCGAACAGACGAAAAAAACUGUUAUAAAAUUCAGAAAACCUCCACACAGAGUAUCACAGAAAGGUAAAAAAUAAAAACAAUUUGCUAUUAGUUGGUUAGUUGACUAUUUUGCUCAUCCAUGGGAAUUUCGGAAAACCAAAAUGAUAUUCCAUUAGAUAAAUAUUUUACUUAUUAAAAAAAAACACAUUAAAUUGUUUAAAAAAAUUAUAAUGAGCUUUUUCAAAUUAAAAAAAAAAAUCUUAAGUAGAUAUUAUUUUUUAAUAGAGAUUAAUUAAUUAAUUAAUUUGUUUAUAAAUCCAUGUUUUCCAUUAAUUAAAAAUACGUUUCAAGGUCAAAUUGUUUGAAUGCCAUUUAAGUUAUCUUAUUUUUUUCUUUUUAAAAGAUGGACCAAGUCCCUGAAUUUGUUUUAAAAUUUGAAUUUUAAACAUGGGUUUUGCUGUGAUUGUACAGGACUUUAACCUUCAUCAGGUCAUAUUGACAGAUCUUCAAAACAAGGAGUGCAAGAGAAGCUCAUCAUUUUGACCUACAUGCGCAGUGGUUCCACACUGACCGGUGACCUUUACCAGCAGAAUGGAGGCGUCUUCUACAUGUAUGAGCCCCUGUGGUACACGGAGAUGUUGUGGGAGGGCAAGGCGAAGACGAAGAACGUGCACUUUCUGGACGGCUCUUGGUACAGGUAUAAAACUCGCUUUCUGCAGUAGAGUGUCUACCUGAUUUGGAGAACAGGAGAUUGUCUGUGUGAGAUAUACAACGAUAGCUUGUCUGUCUGAGAUAUUGAAGAAUAUAUUGUCUCCCUGAGAUAUGGAAAAGUAGAUUGUCUGCCUGAGAUAUAGAGCAAAAGAUUGUCCCCCUGAGAUGUAGAACAGUAGAUUGUCUGCCUGAGAUAUAGAACAAAAGAUUGUCUCCCUGAGAUAUAGAACAGUAGAUUGUCUGCCUGAGAUAUAGAACACAAGAUUGUCUCCCUGAGAUAUAGAACAGUAGAUUGUCUGCCUGAGAUAUAAAACAAAAGAUUGUCUCCCUGAGAUAUAGAACAGUAGAUUGUCUGCCUGAGAUAUAGAACAAAAGAUUGUCUCCCUGAGAUAUAGAACAGUAGAUUCUCUGCCUGAGAUACAGAACAAAAGGUUGUCUCCAUGAGAUAUAGAACAGCUAGCGUUUGUGAGAGACACACUGCAACAAGAACAAGGCGGUGGAAGGGGCACUCUGCCCCCCGAGCGUUAUAAACCCAAGUCACGCUAUUGCUCGCUGUAGCAGGUGGUCUCUGCGAGGCGGAGUUCAGUGUAACUGAUGAGAGAUGUAAAUAUGACGUAUUUAAUUUUAAAUCUAAAUUCGCCAAUGUGUCAUUUUUUUAAAAGGUGUUUAUUAGGUGUUAUUCCAUAAAAAAACAUAAAAAAAACAACCCAUGUCUCUUUGUUUAUUAUUAUUCAGUGGAAAUAUAUUCCGAUAAUUGUCCAUACCUAAAUGUGCAUCCCUCAUUAUUGAAAUGUAUGUGCAUUGAUCAGUGGAUUUCCCAAGCACACAUCUGUUGCACACACCGUUUUUAAGGCCAUCAAACCAGUUAUUAGACCUAAGGGUAGUGACGCGUGGUGAGAACAUUUAGUUUUGAUGGUUACAUCAUUGACGUGACGAAUACACUCUGUGAUAACUCACGCACCCUGGCCUGGGAAACCCGUUUAUGUUAACCCACGAACCCUGGCCUGGCAGCACCCUCUGUGUUAACUCACGCACCCUGGCCUGGCAGCACCCUCUGUGUUAACUCACGCACCCUGGCCUGGGAGCACCCUCUGUGUUAACUCACGAACCCUGGCCUGGGAGCACCCUCUGUGUUAACUCACGCACCCUGGCCUGUGAGCACCCUCUGUGUUAACUCACGAACCCUGGCCUGGGAGCACCCUCUGAUUUAACUCACGCACACUGGCCUGGGAGCACCCCAUGUGUUCACUCACGCACCCAUGUUCCUGGUGCAUUCAACAGUUCAAUAAUAUAAGAAACCACCAUGUCCAUGUUGCUGAACAAAUAAAAAACUAUGUAAAAGAACUUCAUUUUCAUAUUAAACUUAAAAUUUUUCACUUUUAAAGUUUAAAAUUGAUUUUUCUAAAAAAAAAAAAAAAUUCUGUUGUUUUGUAACGUAGACUUCUAAAAUCUCAGCUAAUAUACAAGCUAGAGUAAUAAAAUUUGGUGUGUAUCUUCCUUUAACUAUUUUGUGGGUAAUGAGCUAUUCAAAAGUCAAUUUGGUCAAUCACUUUUGUUAAAAUAAUUUUUUUCAUAUCCUAGGAUGGUAAAUUUUAAGCGUUUUCUGCCGAGGCAAAUUUUAAAAAUAAAAAAAAAAAUGUUUUGAAAAAUUUGAAGGCAAUUAAACUAGCUCAGUACCUCUAAAUAUAAUUGAAUCAAUCAAUUUUUAAGCAAUAUGUAUGUUUGUUUUUAAAAUUUUAGAACUCUACGAAUGGGGAUUAUUUUCAAGAUGGCCGCCGUUGCCAUGGCAACUAUAUAAUUUUUUUUUUUUUUAAAGCAUGACAAUAUAUCUCCAUUCAUAGCUUAACAUGAACAUAAUAAAAUAGUUGCUCUAAGUUGGUUCAUUAAAAAAAAAUUGUUUUGGUAGCCUGCCCCCUUAAGCGGAAUCUCCUUUAUCAAAAUAGCUUAAGCACGGCCUCACUGCCUCACAAAGUUGAUUCAUCCAUUUGCAAUGAGAACUUUUUUGUUUUCAGCUUUUCAAGUUGUAUUUCAAUAUCUUCAUUCAUUCCGCUAUUCUUCUGCUAAGUAGCAUAGCUUUCGCAUCUUUUUCAUCCUUUUCCAGAACAGUUUUAAGAAAUGCUGAUAUUGAUGGUUUGAUAAAACUCUCUUCUACAUAGCAUGAUUUUUUCAAAGAUUUAGCGAUGAGAAAGGAAAUUUCAUAACCAGCCUCGAGAGUACGAUUGACAGUUGCAGUAUCAGCAGUAAAUAGAGACUUUUAUGUUGAUCGUUUAACAAAAUACAAUUUAAAUCACAGUAGACGGUUAGUUUUCAAAUUCCAGACAGCUCAUUUUCCAAUGGCCCUCCUAAACAAUCGAAUCGUCCUCCCACACCACACCCCACCCCCACAAAAAAAAAACGCUGGACACCACCGCUAUAUGUUGUCAAGGACUGCACACUUUGAGAUCGUGUACAAAUUGAUCGUGUUAUGUCAAGGAUUGCCCGCGUGAAGGAACCAUGGGAUGAUAUUGUUGCUAUUAACGGAACGAUUUUUAUGCUACAGUGUAAUCAACAUGAACAUUUUUAUGCUGCAGUAUAAUCAACGUGAACUUUUUUUUGUUACAGUAUAACCAACAUGAACUUUUUUAUGUUACAGUAUAACCAACAUGAACUUUUUUAUGUUACAGUUUAACCAACAUGAACAUUUUUAUGUUACAGUAUAACCAACAUGAACUUUUUUAUGUUACAGUAUAACCAACAUGAACUUCUUUUUGUUACAGUAUAACCAACAUGAACAUUUUUAUGUUACAGUAUAACCAACAUGAACUUUUUUUGUUACAGUAUAACCAACAUGAACUUUUUUAUGUUACAGUAUAACCAACAUGAACUUUUUUUGUUACAGUAUAACCAACAUGAAAUUUUUUAUGUUACAGUAUAACCAACAUGAACUUUUUUUGUUAAAGUAUAACCAACAUGAACAUUUUUAUGUUACAGUAUAACCAACAUGAACUUUUUUUGUUACAGUAUAACCCACAUGAACUUUUUUAUUUUACAGUAUAACCAACAUGAACUUUUUUUGUUACAGUAUAACCAACAUGAACAUUUUUAUGUUACAGUAUAACCAACAUGAACUUUUUUAUGUUACAGCAUAACCAACAUGAACUUUUUUUAUUACAGUAUAACCAACAUGAACAUUUUUUGUUACAGUAUAACCAACACGACAGAGGGCAGAUAUGAACGAGAACUUCAAAUAUUACGAGAUGUUUUUAGCUGUAAUUUGAUGUAUCUGGAUUAUGGUACACUCAAGGUAUGUCACAGAUUUAAUUAUCGUAAUAUAGCACAUUUAACCAUCGUAAUAUAGCACAUUUAAUUAUCGUAAUAUAGUACAUUUAAUCAUCGUAAUAUAGCACAUUUAAUCAUCGUAAUAUAGAACAUUUAAUCAUCGUAAUAUAGCACAUUUAAUCAUCGUAAUAUAGCACAUUUAAUCAUCGUAAUAUAGCACAUUUAAUCAUCCUGAUAUAGCACAUUUAAUCAUCGUAAUAUAGCACAUUUAAUUAUCGUAAUAUAGCACAUUUAAUCAUCGUAAUAUAGCACAUUUAAUCAUCGUAAUAUAGCACAUUUAAUCAUCGUAAUAUAGCACAUUUAAUCAUCGUAAUAUAGCACAUUUAAUCAUCGUAAUAUAGCACAUUUAAUCAUCGUAAUAUAGCACAUUUAAUCAUCGUAAUAUAGCACAUUUAAUCAUCGUAAUAUAGCACAUUUAAUCAUCGUAAUAUAGCACAUUUAAUCAUCGUAAUAUAGCACAUUUAAUCAUCGUAAUAUAGCACAUUUAAUCAUCCUGAUAUAGCACAUUUAAUUGUAGUAGGGGACACGCUCUGAGAAAAAUAACACCAACAGCUAAAUUCAUUAUGCAGCAGCACGCAGUGAAAGGUUGUAAGAAAUCGACUGCCAUUGAACGAAUCAAUGCUGUCAAUAUUAACACACGGCUAAUGUAACAAAUAGGCAGCUGUUUAGUUUAGGUUUUUUUCAUAGAGGCCUCCUCGUGUGUAUCUGCUGAACGGACCAGGGCAACUCAAAACCUAAAAAAAACUAAUCAGCAGUCUCUAACAAACAAAACUUAUCAGGUUCCAUUAGCAAUCUCAAUGAAUAAAAUGUAUUUUGUAUGUUUUCUUUUCGCAGCAGUAUCACAUGUUCUCAAGUGUGUCCACCUUUAUGUACGCCAGGUGUGCCUACCAGUUUACAGGUAAGUCAAUUGUGUGUCUUACCGUGCCCUGGAGGGUGUGCCAAACUAGACAUUUCUAAACACACCUUUAGCUUGUGCCCAACGAGACAUGUAUGUGGUGUUUCUGAACACACCUGUAAGGUGUGUCACCUGUAAGGUGGGCCUAACUGCACAUGUAUGUGGUGUUUCUGAACAGACCUGUAGGAUGUGCCCAACUAAACAUGUAUGUGGUGUUUCUUAACUGCACACUGCACAUGUAUGUGGUGCUUCUAAACACACCUGUAAGGUGUCCCUAACUAGACAUGUAUAGGGUGUUUCUGACCAGUCCUGUAGGGUUUUUAUAGCUAGAAAUGUAUGUGGUGUCUCUGACUAGUCCUGCGGGGUUUAUCUAACUAGAAAUGUUAAAGGUUAUCUGAAUUUAUUGCUCAAAAGUUUUCUCUAAUCAGUCAUUUGUUUCCGAAUGACAUGUGUGAGAUGUGUCUAUGAGUGAGAUGUGUCUCUGAAUGAGAUGUGUCUCUGAAUGAGAUGUGUCUCUGAAUGAGAUGUGUCUCUGAAUGAGAUGUGUCUCUGAAUGAGAUGUGUCUCUGAAUGAGAUGUGUCUCUGAAUGAGAUGUGUCUCUGGCUGAGAUGUGUCUCUGAGUAAGAUGUGUCUCUGAGUAAGAUGUGUCUCUGAAUGAGAUGUGUCUCUGAGUAAGAUGUGUCUCUGGCUGAGAUGUGUCUAUGAGUGAGAUGUUCAUCUAAAUGAGAUGCGUCUCUGAAUGAGAUGUGUCUCUGAGUAAGAUGUGUCUCUGAAUGAGAUGUGUCUCUGAAUGAGAUGUGUCCCUGAAUGAGAUGUGUUCACAGACCCUAUCAGAUGGCCUUCUUCCUGUCUCUCCUAUAUACCACGAACGGCAUCUUCGGCUAACUAUCACGUGUACCACAUUUCGACUAAUACAUGUGAAGACCUCUUUGGUGGGAAAGGUUCCUUUAUGGGAGCCAAUGUGUUCAGUUUCCAAUAAAUAGGCGAACGUCCUACAACGGCUUACUGAACAUGGUUUAUUCCAAGCCCGGCGCGAAGGCAUGUUUGAACCAGAAUGUCACAAAGAUUUGUAUCUUUUCCGAUGGAAGGGAUAGAAUACCCUGUGAGUGUCAUGGUCAGCAAGAAGUAUAUGACGAUUCUUUAAGAUUUUUUUUUCUGCAAAACAAAUUAUGAAUGUAGUCGGAGGUUGUUUUUUUUUUUUACGAGCCCCGUUUUUGUUUAAACGACAUUUGAAAGAUUCAUCACGUGUGAUUGUGCUGACACGAUUGAGUACCGAAACAAGGGUAGUCUCAGCAUAAACAGGGGAAGUCUCAGGAAAACAAGGGUAGUCUCAGUAUAAACAGGGGAAGUCUCAGGAUAAACAAGGGUAGUCUCAGUAUAAACAGGGGAAGUCUCAGGAUAAACAAGGGUAGUCUCAGUAUACACAAGGGAAGUCUCAGGAUAAACAAGGGUAGUCUCAGUAUACACAAGGGAAGUCUCAGGAUAGACAAGGGUAGUCUCAGUAUACACAAGGGAAGUCUCAGGAUAAACAAGGGUAGUCUCAGUGUAAACAAGGGAAGUCUCAGGAUAAACAAGGGUAGUCUCAGGAUAGACAAGGGUAGUCUCAGGAUAAACAAGGGUAGUCUCAGGAUAAACAAGGGUAGUCUCAGGAUAAACAAGGGUAGUCUCAGGAUAAACAAGGGUAGUCUCAGGAUAAACAAGGGUAGUCUCAGGAUAAACAAGGGUAGUCUCAGUAUAAACAAGGGAAGUCUCAGGAUAAACAAGGGUAGUGUCAGGAUAAACAAGGGUAGUGUCAGGAUAAACAAGGGUAGUGUCAGGAUAAACAAGGGUAGUCUCUGGAUAUGAUCUGUGGUGAAAGAAGUCCAUCAUUUCAUCUGCCCUGUUGUACGCGGUCUUCAUCUGACUGGCAGUGGCAUCGCAGUCUAAGAAGUGGAGUAAAAUGUACGGAGAUUUGGACAUGGCGGGACGAUGAAUGCCAUAAGUCAAUGUGGCUGUCGAAGUGAAUUUGGCUGUUGGUUGGUUUAUAGUAGGCAGAGGUCGACAAUUCGUUUUCUUAUAAGAUAAGGGUAAUUCCCAAAAGUUUAAAGACUCAUAUGACAUCUUCAUACACUUAAUAUCUAGACCAGCGUUUCCAAAAAAAAACAAAAAAAAAAAAAAAAAAAACAAACAAAUGUCGUGGCCCGGUUAUGUGUAUACUUCUCCUUCCUGACCCACUAAAAAUUGUAUCGCCUAUUCUUAGCUAUAGAUAACAUAAAACCCAUAGGAAUGCCUAUGAAUUAUUUUUUUAAACAUUUUAUUUUCAAAAAAAAAAAAAAAGUAAAUAAAUAAAUCAUUUACUCUUACAAACAUGUUAAAGAAAUCAAACAAACUGGUGCAUAAUGUAUCAAUAUAAUGAGUGAUUUUGAUUCCUCCCUUAUCGAUCUUCCUAAUUUUUGUGUUCUUUAGCUUUCACUUCCUCAAACGUGCUUGAACAGCAUGCAGCAAUAAAGCAAAUCAAACUCUGAUCGCCCGGUAUGACUUCAGAUUAACCUGGAAGUAGAACGAGCCCCAUUAGACCGUGCAGGCCUUAGAUUAACCUGGAAGUAGAACGAACCCCAUUAGACCGUGCAGGCUUUAGAUUAACCUGGAAGUAGAACGAACCCCAUUAGACCGUGCAGGCUUUAGAUUAACCUGGAAGUAGAGCGAACCCCAUUAGACCGUGCAGGCUUUAUAUUAACCUGGAAGUAGAAUGAGCCACAUUGGACUCAGCGUAUAUGUUGCUAAUUACCUGCGACCAAUGAGACAAAGAAAAACGCUCCCAUCCUGAUUCAACGUUAGUUAUCGUUGUUUUAAGGUAUCGUAUAGAGGGAAACAACGGCGAAAAACAAACAGUAAACACCUUGCAGUUUUCUAUAAUAUCUUUUGCGACCCAGUAUUUAUGCUUCAGUACUGGGUUGCGACCCUACAUUCGUGAAAUGCUAAUCUAGAAUAACAGCCGUGAAAUCCUUGAAAAUGUGGGGAUUUUACAUGAGAUUCAUGACUUCCUACUCAUUAAUUCAGUUAAAGCACACCAAACAAAGCUGCAUCAUUCUUUGUGAGCCUUGGGACAGCUGUCCUUUAUGGUGACAUGUAACAGCCCUUGGCUUUAUACCCUGAUCAAUAAGGAUCUAAAAACCCGACCCUUAAGUAUUGCAGCGACGGCUCUAAACUGUAAGAGGAGCUUAUCGACGGAAGUUAGUGUGCAGUUAGAGAGGAACACGCUAUCAAAAGUGCAGCCAUAAUUUUCAGUGAUCGGCUUUCGUUUUCCUUAAAGUAUCAAAUAUAAGUAUCAAAUAUAAGUAUCAAAUAUAAGUAUCAAAUAUAAGUAUCAAAUAUAAGUAGCUGGCUUGCGCUUUGUGCCAAUAAAUUGACUAAUGUAUCCUAUGUGUUUGUUGAGACUUUGUUUUAUGGCCAGGUUAUAGUUUGUAAAGAUGUUCUGUUGAUAAAGUAGAGUGUUAUCGCUCCAUCCUUUGACAUGUGACAUUCAACAAAUUAACUGCAAGGCAUCUUAGCCAUUUAUAGAUAUGAUAAGAUUGACAUUGUUACAUAUUGAGUCAAGAUAAGAUGAAAUGACAUGAAUCUAAAUAAGAUUCCUAACAAGCUGGCUGCUUCCUAUUCGGCGUAUUUUGUAUUGUGAUUAAUAAGACACGAACAAAUUGUGUCAAUAGAACAAUAUCAGUUACGCUUUAAUAAUAAUUAUACACUAUACACAAGUAAACGUUUCGGCACACGACGUCAUCGGUACAAACAAACAAAAAGUUUAAAUAAGUAUAAAUUAAAUUUACAUAAUAUAAAAAUACAUAUCCUACCUAAAAAAGAAAAUAGGAGAGGGCGCUAAAACCAGACAAAAAACAAAGCAAAGUGGAGUGAAAAGGAAGUGAUUUGAACAUAAUUGUAAAAACCAAACAGGAAAAAUAAUUCUAUAUUUUGAAAUAACGUAUGGUUCAAUAAUGAGUUUAAUAGCGUGCACAAAUAAUUUCCGAUAACUACGCUAAAUGAUUUUUUUUUUUGGCGCGAAAUAUUUUCUUUACGGAAAAUGAAAUCGUCUCAAUUUAAAUAUGGUGUAAAAAAAUAUUCGGUUUAAAAGUGGUUGGGACAUCAGAAUACUUAAUACAGUUCCAUGAGCGUGAAAUAAAAAGUGUGCACAGAAUGUAUCAUGGAGGGAAAGGGUGUCGCGAAAAUUGAGAUUCUUAAAUGUGCCUUAUUUGAGUUCAUGUUUUGUCAAGUGACUUUAGUAGAUGGGAAGUUCACGCAUUGCUGUCGGCAAUUUUUUGGCUGGCCAUAUCUAGCGAGAUGUAUUGAGAUAAGAGGAGAAAAUAUGAGACAACAGAAGACAAUAGGAGAUAAGUAGAAAUAAGAUAAAGUAGAGACACGAUGAGAACGGGUGAGACAGGAUGUGACGCAGAUCGUCUAUGUCGCCUUGUUAUUCCCAUUUGGACCGCCAUUUUUACUUUUUACCCACCCCAAAAUAUAUUAACGAAAACACAUAAAUAAAUACAGACCUUUUUGAUGAUUCAAAUAUACAAAGUAACGUGGAACAAUAAAUGCUUUAUUGGGGGGGGGGGGGGGGUUUUUUAAAAAUAAAUUUUUUUUUAAAGAUUAUUUAUAACAAUUUAAAUGUUAAUUAUGUCUUCUGUUUUUAGUCCAGGCACAGAGGGUUUGAGUGUGUGUUAGAGAAUGGGGUCCAGCGUAUCACAGCGCCAGCAAAACGACAUGACGACAAAAGUUUAACUUGUGACAUUCCAUCUGUAAGUUUCUGCAAAUGAUCACUUAACUGCUGUGAACCUUGGUGUUAUAAUUUUCAUUACCAUGUUGACCCUUAUGAAAAAAAAAAUAGAAAAAAACAAGUUUGUGAAUUUUAUCACUAGAAUAAAAAGCUUCAAUCAUAGAAUUAUUAUUUUUUUAUAAUGUUUCAUGUAAAACUUAAAUUUAAGAAAAAACUACUUUGAUUACUUCCUAACUUUGCUUUUUUGUUUAUUUUCUGCCCUUUUUACCAGAUGGAGUAUGCUGAGAGUGUUGGAAUGCUUGAGGCAAAUCUGUCUGUGUAUUGGGGGAACAAUUUCUGGUUGGAGAGUACAUCUAGACUUUAUGGUANUUCCCAAAUUUUAAAACGUUUACCAAAUCUUCCCCCCCCCCCCCCUUAUUAAGUUUAUGUAAUGGGCGGACUGCCCCCUUGAGCUCGUUGUAAUCAUUCGAUGCCACAAUAAGAGGCGUAGCGAAGAACAUGAUUUCUAUGGCGUCCACGCCAAGAACCAAAAGUGUGCACCUUUCAAGCUGGAUUCACCUGUUUUUAAAUAAAUACAAAGUAAAGCUGAAAUCCAAUUAAAGAAGAAUAAUAAAUAACAUAUUGUUACUUGUAGAGGAGUUUGUAGAGAUUUUUUUAGGAAAACAAAUAAUUGCACUAAGAAUUAUUGGCCCAGGAUGGCUGAUUUUUCGCUCGGCCCUUUUUUCAAGUGGUGCCCAUUUCAUAAGUGUCUUUCCACACCCUCAUGCAGUGUCUUGCUACACCCUCGUGAAGUGUCUUGCAACACCCUCGUAAAGUGUCUUGUCAAGUCCUCAUAAAGUUUCUCGUCCCACCCUCGUAAAGUGUCUUGCCAAGUCCUCAUAAAGUUUCUCGUCCCACCCUCGUAAAGUGUCUUGCCAAGUCCUCAUAAAGUUUCUUGUCCCACCCUCCUAAAGUGUCUUGCCACGUCCUCGUGAAGUGUCUUGCCACACCCUCAUGAAGUGUCUUGCCACACCCUCAUGAAGUUUCUUGCCACACCCUCAUGAAGUGUCUUGCCACACCCUCAUGAAGUUUCUUGCCACACCCUCAUGAAGUUUUUUGCCAAACCCUCAUAAAGUGUCUUGCCACACCCUCAUGAAGUUUCUUGCCACACCCUCAUAAAGUUUCUUGCCACACCCUCAUGAAGUUUCUUGCCACACCCUCAUGAAGUUUCUUUCCACACCCUCCUGAAGUUUCUUUCCACACCCUCAUCAAGUUUCUUGCCACUUCUUGCCACUCCCUCAUGAAGUGUCUUGCCACACCCUCAUGAAGUUUCUUGCCACACCCUCAUGAAGUUUCUUGCCAAACCCUCAUAAAGUGUCUUGCCACACCCUCAUGAAGUGUCUUGCCACACCCUCAUAAAGUUUCUUGCCACACCCUCAUGAAGUUUCUUGCCACACCCUCAUGAAGUUUCUUGCCACACCCUCAUGAAGUUUCUUGCCACACCCUCAUGAAGUUUCUUGCCACAUCCUCAUGAAGUUUCUUGCCACACCCUCAUGAAGUUUCUUGCCACACCCUCGUAAAGUGUCUUGCCACACCCUCGUAAAGUGUCUUUACACACCCUCGUAAAGUGUCUUUACACACCCUCGUAAAGUUUCUUGCCACACCCUCGUAAAGUGUCUUUACACACCCUCAUGAAGUUUCUUGCCACACCCUCGUAAAGUGUCUUGCCACACCCUCGUAAAGUGUCUUUACACACCCUCGUGAAGUGUCCUGCCACACCCUAUGAACGCCUUUCAUCCAAAAGCCUGUGUUGUUGUUUUUUAACAUUAUUUUAUUUUUAUUUUACUUCCCAUAAUCCUAUCGUAAUUUUACCUAUAAGGUUGGUGAUAAAUUUACACCCAAUGAAUUUGUAAUGUUUAUCUAAAUCUGAAACUAUAAGAUGAUAAAUCCUAUUUUUUUACCCUCUCCAGAUGAACUACACAUAGAAAAGUGCCUUCAAGAGACGGUGCAAGAAUGCCUUACCUCUCCAGCCAUCGUCACCAAGAUAAUCAGGGGGUCAAUGCGACAUGUGUAUGACCUCAUGAAAAAUGACCCCGCGGUAAAGGUCCUUCACCUCUUGCGCGAUCCCAGAGGAUCUAUGAAGUCCCAGUACCAAGUCGGAAUGUUCAAGUGGCCGCAUUUGGGAGAAAGCUCCUACAAACAUUGCCAGCGAGUGCUGCGCGACCUGGAGCUCGCCAAAAUAAUAGCCGUUGAUUUUCCCGGCAGACUGUUCUCGCUGCGCUACGAAGAUUUGGUCCAGUACCCCGUUGCAGCGACACAGCAGCUUUACGGUUUCCUUCAUCUGACGUUGUCGCAAGAGAUAAAAGACUACAUCUGGAACAUAACUUACGCGGGAAACCCCGACGACUGCAACAUUUGCACGACGCGCCGCAACGCCUCCGCGACAGCCCACAGCUGGAGGAGAAGAUUGUCGUUCAGAAGCAUCGCUUUGAUACAGUCGCAGUGUGCGGAACUAUUUUCAGCCUUAGGGUAUAGAGUUUUCCAUGAUUAUGGCGAGCAGUUGAAUGAAAAUAUACCAACAAAAUAUGAUAUAUCAAGUGGGGAAUUUCAGAAAGAAACAACUGCCUUCUUUUAAAUGUUAUAGUAUUUUUUAUUUUAAUUAUUAUUUUUUUUUUUUUCUUUUUUGUAAGAUGCUGCUUAAUUCAAACUAUGCGCACGGCAUAAGGCCUAAAAUGUUUUUUGAUUCAUUUACAUAAUUUUUUUUCCGAGUUUAUUUUUAUACAAGACCAAAGUGACAGUAGAUGCUUAUAGACGCCAAAUGAACGUUCUGAAAGUUCCUAUCCGACAUUCAGAAAGCCCCUGUUCGCAGAGCAGCUUUAUAAGGUACCUAUUAGUUUGGAAUAUUCAUAAAUUCUUAUACUUAUAUCCGUCUAGUUUAUUUAGAAUGUCUUUACUCAUCGUAUUUUCAGAAAGUCCUUAUUCGUUUUGUAGGCCUUUGUUCAGAAUUUAAAAAAAAAAAUCCUUGCCUAUGUUCAGAAAGCCCCCUUUUGUUCAAGAGUUGUUUUCUUUUCUUAACUCGAGGGGAGAGAAAAAAAUUAUUAUUUUUUUAAACUUAAUUUUUAAUGAGUUGCCUCGUAGCUACUACCCCUGAACUAUCAAUGACAACAAAAAAUCAACUAAAAGAAAUUUGAACCGCCUGCUCGAGGACCGCCUUCCGUACGUUUACGUUAAUGUCCGACUGCUGCAGAUGAAUAGGCCUAAGUGUGCUGGACUAUUUUUAAAUCCUACUUAUUUAACUACGCUUUUGUUCGUGGGUGGCCUCAUACGGCUAAUUGACCCACUUUCCGUCAACCUAUCGAGCUGAAACUUGGCACAUAGCUUCAUUCCCGUUGACAACACGUUCUGUUAAACUUUCAGCCCCAUCUCAAGCAAAAACCCCCCUCAAAAAUAAGACUUUUCUCUUUUUCAAGGGGAAGAUAAUUUAAAAUUCCCGAUAAAUUUAAAAUUCCCGAUAAAUUUAAAAUUCCCGAUAAAUUUAAAAUUCCCGAUAACUGCGCAGUAUGAGAUUUUCAUGUAAAUAUCGUUUGUGCGUAAUAGUAUCUUUAAUGUUUCUACAAUGGUUGGUGAAAUAGAUCUGUGGUGUCAAGGUUGGUGGGUCAUUAAAAUAUGAAUAUACUACAGUGGCAUGAAAAUAAUGUGUGGUUGCGAUCCUAAAAAGUGAG